GGAUUGCCUGAAGCACCGUCCACCUUCCAUCUCGAAAGAAUAGUUGGAGAUAACAGUGUUCUUCUAAGUUGGCACCCACCAAUGAUGGAUGAGCUCGACCAGAAUAAUGGUAUGCAGCUUAUUGGCUACCGGAUAUUUCUGAAUGGUCGACUGUGCCAGCAACCAGGAAGUGCACACCUUGCUAAAGCUGUGGUGGAGAACCUAGAUCUGUCUCGUCCACAGUACUUUGCCAUCCAGUCAGUUGCUGCCAAUGGUCAGAUGUCACCCUCAGCAGAGGUUGUCUUUGAAGGUUUGGAGCGAUGGCUUGAUGCUGGCGAUAAAAGCACUGAGUCGGACACAGAUUUUUCAGAGAUCCUUCCUAGUCCCCUUGGUAAUUCGGGACCACAGAGAACGUUUGUUGCAAUCUAUGACUACAACCCAUCGAUGCAGUCUCCACACGACUACGCAGAAUCUGAAUUACGGUUUAACGCAGGUGACCUUAUCACAGUCUUUGGGAACCAGAGGUCAGAUGGAUUUUUCUGGGCUGAGUUAAAUGGUAACCAAGGGCUUGUCCCUGCAAGUUUUGUGGAAGAAGUUCCAACGAAAGGUUCUCGGUCAAAACCAGUGAGUCGCCAGAGCAGCAACGCCUCGCAGAAAUCAUUACAGAACACAGUUGGUCGAACGAGUAGAUGAUACGAUGUGUGGUAAGCCACACCUGUGUUAAUGAGGUGGAGGAAAAGGGUGGAUGGGUGGUUGGAAAUAAAUAAGUAAUAAUAAUAAUAGAAA